GCGGGGCUGAAACUCCCCUUCCACUCUCCAGGGGAGAGAAAAGUGAGUUUUACAGCGGCUUUUUUGAAUGUAUUUCUGGAAGUGUAAAACUUCCGCACUGUAUCGACGGGACAAUGGAGAACGUCCAGCCUCCGUGGCCUCCGCAGGAAAAGAGGAAAAGGCCCAGCAGCGGAGCUGGCCACCAGCGCCACCAGGAGGCCUACCAGCCUGGCCCUGCCAGUAAGAGGAGGUGCAGAGAGGAGUGGGUCUCUGCGGGAGGAGGUGGAACACAAGGAGGAACAGGAGGAGGAGAUGGAGGAGGAGGUCACCUGGUCGGCCUGGAGAACAGAGGAACCUCCAGGGAACCCAGGAUCUCCAGGAGAGUACGGAGACGCUCAGCAGGCAGACCUGCAGCCCGGGCACCAGAGGGUGUCUGGGGGGGGACAGCUACAGGGGGGGUCUGGGGGGCAACAGCUGCAGGGAGGGCCUGGGGGGGGCCCACUACAGGGGGGGCCUGGGGGGCAACAGCUGCAGGCGGGGUCUGGGGGGGGCCCACUACAGGGGGGGUCUGGGGGGAGUCGCUGGUCCGUAGGAGCCCAGGGUCGCAGGUCAGAGUAGCCCUCGUCAAGAAGACAUCUGGAAGGAACCUGGCUGAUCCUGUGUCCCGGAGCAGGAAGCCCAUCGUGGGGGACAUGACUGGAGAUCCACCCUGGGGGAGGCUGACCCCCAUGGAGAACGUUCCUGAAGGCGUUCCCGCAAGAGGGAGGAUAUCAGCGGAGAACGUCUUUGGAGAUGUACUUACAAGGAGAAAGAUCUCUCUGAAGAACUUCUCUGCGGACGUUCCUCAAAAGAGGAUGAUCUCUGAGGAGAACGUCUAUGGAGAUGUACCUACGAGAAGAAAGACCUUUCUGGAGAACUUCUCUGCAGACGUUCCGACAAAGAGGAAAACGUGUCUGGAGAAAGUCUCUGGAGAUGUUCCCACGAGGAUAAAGACAUCCGUGGAGAGCGUGGCUGAACAAGGACCCAGAAAGGCAAAAACUUUAGGCGGGAAAAUGUCUGGAGAUGUAUCUAACAGAAGGGAGACCUGUGGGGGGAACUCAGCCGGUCCUCCAGCCAGAAGCAAGACUACUUCUCUGGGGGGCAUGGUUGACCCUGAACCCAGGAGAGGGAGCUGGUCUGUGGGGGAGGAUGGCGAGGCCGGCUCCAGGAAGAGGAGGAAGAUCCGUCCCUCUGGCUUCAGGGGGAAAGGUCAGCUACGCCUGUCAAUCACCCCAGAGGACGAGAAGAUAAGUAUUCAGGUCCUAGAGGCGAGAGGGCUUCUGGGUACAUCGUCCCGAUCAUGUGACUCCUACGUCAAGCUGGCAGUCAUCCCAGACCUAGACCACAGUACCCGCAGGAAGACGACCACAGUUCUGGACUGUAAGAACCCUGUGUUCCAGGAAACGUUCCUUCUGGCCAUCACAGCUGAAGAUCAUCAGAAGAGACUGCUGGUGACUGUCUGGAACCGUCAUCCCAGCUCCCGGAGGAGUGAGUUCCUGGGCUGCAUGAGCUUCGGAGUCCGUUCUCUCGUCACAGCUUCCAAGGUGAUCAUUGGCUGGUACUACCUCCUGGGGGAGGAGCUAGGGAGAAGCAAGCAUCUGAAGGUGGCGUCUCGGCGAAUCAGACAGCAGCAAGGGGGUGAGUGA